GACGAGCGCUCAAAUCCUGGCCUGCUGCUUUGCAAAGACACAACCCAUUCAUCCUGACAUAGUACUGAGCUUGUGGGUGGAAUGGCGUCUAGUGGCUUUAUACGCAUCCUGUCUAUGUCCCUAGUCAUGGGGGCUGCAUCCUUUGGGGCUGGCCUUGUACCACUGUCGUCGUCAAUGACUAAAAGUCACUUGGCGAAGCUGUCUACCUUGAGUACUGGAUUGCUCAUAGGUGCUGCACUUGGUGUCAUCAUUCCCGAAGGAGUAGCAAGCACUAUUGCUGGUGAUCCUGAACCGGAGUCCUACUCUUACAAGAUCGCGUCAUGCGUACUUUUUGGCUUCGCAUUCAUGUUCCUUGUGGAGGAGUACAUAUCCCCACAUACUCGACCGCUGAUACCUCAGGAAAUUCGCGAUGACGCAGAAGAAGUCCACUUUGAUAUCGUGCUUGACGAAAUGGAGCGCGAGGAGGGUAUGAUGCCACCCGGUCCACAUGCGUCUACUUGGCAAAUGUUGCGAGAUGCACGUUCCUCAAGCUUACAACGCGCAUACCCACUGUCAUUAGGUCUUAUAGUACAUGCUUUAGUCGAUGGAUACGCACUAGGUGUGUCGUCUCUUGAGACACAAUCAGGUGCUCUAUCUUUCGUCGUUUUUUUGGCUAUCAUAAUACAUAAGGCACCCACGGCGUUAGCCCUGACAUCUUCUCUCUUGGCAACAUCUCUUCCUCCUUCAGAGUGCAAGAGACACUUGCUACUUUUCAGUCUCGCCACGCCAGUUAGCGCGAUCCUCUCUUAUAUACUAUACACCCACACCGGCGAUGGAAAUAACCUGUGGGUUGGAACACCCUUACUAUUUAGCGGAGGCACAUUUCUUUACGUGGCGACAGUACUGCAGUCUCCUUCAGAACGUGCACCUUCAUCCGCUCAAGACAACAUCAGUAAAACGUCACGAACACUUCUGCUGCUGUCGGGAAUGUUUUUCCCGCUUAUAAUUAGUGCAAUGCUGGGUCAUGGUCAUUAAUGCUAUUGCCAGUUGCAGUUCUGAGACAAAUCUAAAGCAUACACGUUAGACGGACACGUAGAACUAAAUACCCGCGGAAUUUAUAGAGUUUUAUUUACAUCCUAGGGAAGAAAGAUCAACAUGUGCUUGGAUUGCAUGAGCAGCCAAUUUCAU